CAUUCUUACAAGUGGCGGCGCUGAGGUCAGUCUAGUGCUCCUCUCUUACCACUACUUCUCCUCAACCCCAGCCAACAGGACGACGAUGGCGGGAACUGUGAUGAAAGUGAUGGCGUUGAUGUUGUCCAACUUCCUGGUCACCAGUGCUGUGAUAACAACCAUAAAAGUGUACAAGGUGGCGUCGUCACAUAAUGAUCCAUUUCCUAUCUGUACAAUAAGAGUUGUAGAGAUACAGGGUAUUUCAAGGACGUCUUGUGCUAUAAAAUGUCUUGAGGAACCUCUGUGUAGGGCCUUCUGUGUUAAAGGCGCCUCGUGUCACAUCAACGGAGGCCACCUGGAUGGUCACUGGCCUGGAGCAGCUGUAGAUCACCCACACUAUAAAAAGAUUUUUACCUAUGAUUACUGUUAUGCCAUCCUUGAUGACGGAGAUGUAACUUCCCAUAUUGUGGACACCUCGUCCUCCACUUUUCACACCCAAAAUUUAUAUCCAGAAUUAGUUGUAAAUGGGUUUUACUGUCACAUUCCGCAGUACCAUGGUCCUUUUCAUUACUGUUUUAUGACGGGCACUAGUGAGUCCUUGGGGUAUUGGCGGGCCACUCUAGACUCCCCACAAACUAUCAGCACAAUCAAUGUAUGGACGCGUGGUGACGGUUAUGCUAAAAAGCUUUUUCAUAAUGUAGAGAUAACUUUUGGUACCUCCAGCGACUUCAACAACCCCGUCUUUGACUCUUACCCAAACGCGGCAUUAUUUACUGGUGAGAUGAUCACAUUCAACGCCACUAGCCCGGUGACUGGUCGGUACCUGGAGGUGAGGGAUUUAUCUCCCAGUGAUGCCUUAUGCUUCUGCAAUAUCCAGCUGCUCCAGUAAACACUGUCAUGCCUUUUGACUCACCUGCAGUUUACUUCAUUUACAGGUGAACUUUAGUCACCUUAAGAGCAGAGUUGGUACAAGAUAAAUUUGACUCAAGGAUCAAAGUGUUGUGUUUUCUCCACUAUGUUUGGUUCCAUGAGUCACGUUGUCUGUGACUGAAGGAUCACGUGUAAGACUGUUCUUGACAACUUUUACCCAUAAUACACAAAACUUAAGAAUAAGUAGAAGGAUAUUAAUUAUGUAUGUGAACAUUCAGAGGCUAAAAUGGCCGUCCAGUCUAUGAUGGUGAAUGUGAAUUAAAGGAACUGACGUGAAGCUCCUUAUACUGUUGCUGAUGUUUGUGUGUUGACAUUUAUAUCUCCCCGACACACCUGAAUUAUUGUACAGGUUCACUGUAAGUUCAGGGGUUCUCACAUGACACUCAUACUUAGGCCUGCUGUAUACACGCGUUAUAAACGUCUUCUUAACACACACACAGUUUGGUGUCAACUCUGAACCCCUUAGAUUGACCACUUAAAAUAAGUUGGAAAUUACUACAAGAGAAAUUUCCGUCAUUUAUAUUUAUUAAAUGCUAAGAAGACCUUGAUGUGAGUUAAUGAAUGUAAAUAAUUUACCACACUGAUAGAAAGAACGGUAACACUUUAUCUUUAAAAUGUGUUAAUGUUUGGUAUAAACAGCGGGGCUGCAGUGCACGACUGUGUCAGUUUUGAUCAAAUCCUUAUCCUCGUCAGGGUAGAUCGAUCUAACCUCACUUGUACUACACACAGUUCCUACUGAAGCAUUACUGUUGAUGUUAAUUAGGGAGAAGUGUGAACGCUAUAUAACCAACACUUGUUUUACUGUUCCAUGGACUGCAGCAGCUGCUUAAUGCACGUCAAACGCUCAACAUAUAACAGUCAAAACAUUAUUAUCUCUCCCUUGACCUUCAAUGGUAUGUACCUAAAGUCUGUCACGCUCGACGGCUGCUCUCUCCACUUUGUUGACAUCUUCACCUGUCUGGGUCACAUAACACCACAGUAAUUGUUUAUGUGUAUCGUAGACAUGAGGCUGGAAGUGUUUGUCCAGCUUGACGAGUAAUUUUAACAUAUAUUUAUGUAUUGUUCAUCAGCCGACUAUUUGGGAUAUUUUCAUAAGUUAAGAAUUAGGGUCUUGGCUCAUACAAAUAAAAUAUUUCUACGAGUUGAUAUCCAUCAAUGGUAGAGAGUCAGCGUUAUCUUACAACACGGAAAUAUUUUCCCACUAAGUACGAGAAUACACCUGUUAGCUGUCUUGUUUCAUGGCACUUGUCAGCCGUCUUGUGUCUUGACAACCUGUCAGCCGUCUUGCUUCAGAGCACCUGUCUACCCUCUUAUGUCACGGAACCUGUUAGCCCUCUUCUCUCAGGCCUAUUAAGUCAUGGAACAACUAUAAAAACAUUGUACAUGUCAACAGAUCUAUGACCUGUAUCAAUAGAGUAAUCAGCGGGUCCGAUAAUGCAGCAAAUACUAAAGUUUGUUAUGUGAAAGACGGGGCAGAGGGACACUUCAUCACUCACAACAUGACCUUCUGCACCUGGAAGAAAGAUUUCAUCUUCAACAACUAAAACAAACAGCGUUUUAUUAACAAGUUCUCCCAAAAGAUUUUAACGUGUGUUAGGCAAUAUAGAUUAAGUUAAGACUGAAUCAAGGUUCGAGUUAUGUGAAGGACGAUUCCAUUUAUAGUUUAAUUUCUUCGUUACUGUAAGAGUGUUGUGAUUAUUGUUGGUUGUAAGUUUAUGAAGCACUCGUGGAGUGUGUGUGGUAGGUGGUGUCGUUCCCUAUCUGGGACCCACGAGUCAGUGACAGCUGGGAGGGACAGCUGGGUGUGUAUUGUACACCUCCGGUUCGCGUAGUGUAAUGGAGUCUUUCCCCGCCUCAUGGUUUAUUCACUGUCCACCGUCGUCCAGUUAUUCAUGCUAACUUCUUGAUCACAAGAUGAUAACAUGGUCUUAAUUUUUUUUAAAGAAUUUUAUAUCAAGUUCAUUUACAGAAUUCCCCCAGGAUUUGUUUUUAUUGCAACUUGUUAAACGUUUCGUGGUGGUUU